AAAGAUACCAAAAGAAGCAAAUGAAUCCAUUGGAAAAGCGCGGCAAGAACACUUGAAAACCGUACUUGUAUUUCUAUUUUUCCCCAUUCACCCUCUCGAAUGCAAAAUUUAACCAAACCACAACUCACCCAACUCCUAGUCAAUCAAAUUUUCGAACCCAUCUCCAUCAAUGGCGGUUCUCGAAUCGAGUAGACCUUUUUCAGAAAUGGCGGUGGUGGGUUCAUAGCCUUUUAGGCUUUUUGGGCAGCCAAGAGGAAUUUGGAUUGGAUGUCUCUUGGCUCUGCAAAGAAGUUUGACUAAUCCUCAUAUUUCUGUUUAAGUUAUGGUGAUUUCAUCUGAUAAUGUUCGUGGGUUUCUUCUUGCUGUUUCUUCCAGCGUCUUUAUUGGGUCUAGUACUAUUAUCAAGAAGAAAGGUCUCAUCAAUUCAGGGGCUGCUGGAACCAGAGCAGCAUCUGGAGGCUUUUCCUACUUGUGCGAACCUUGGUGGUGGGCUGGGAUGAUAACUUUGAGUGUUGGGGAGACUGCAAACUUUGUUGCUUACGCAUAUGCUCCUGCGAUUCUUGUCACUCCCUUGGGGGCUUUGAGCAUUAUUUUCAGUGCAGUCCUAGCUCACUUUAUGUUGAAGGAAAAGCUGCAUAUCUUUGGAGUUCUUGGUUGUGUUCUUUGUGUUGUGGGUUCUACAACUAUUGUUUUGCAUGCUCCACUGGAAAAAAAGAUUGAAUCUGUUAAGGAAGUAUGGCAUCUUGCUACAGAGCCAGGAUUUCUGGUCUAUUCAUUCCUAGUAAUAGUUGUAGUUGUAGCACUCAUUUUUCGAUAUGCCCCACUCUAUGGCCAGUCCCAUAUGAUAAUAUAUGUUGGAAUCUGCUCUCUCAUCGGAUCUCUCACGGUUAUGAGUGUCAAGGCAGUGGCUAUUGCUGCCAAGUUGACAUUUGAAGGAAUGAAUCAAUUCAAGUACUUUGAGACAUGGUUCUUCACUGUGUUUGUGAUUGGCUGUUGUUUUUUGCAGGUGAUCUACUUGAACAAGGCUCUUGAUGCUUUCAACUCUGCUGUUAUAUCUCCAGUUUACUAUGUGACGUUCACAACUUUUACCAUCCUUGCAAGUAUGAUUAUGUUUAAGAAUUGGGACACACAAAGUGCAACACAAAUUGCAACUGAAGUUUGUGGAUUCAUCACCAUUCUUUCUGGCACUUUCCUCCUCCACAAAACAAAGGAUAUGGGAAAAGGUCCUGCCACUGAACCCCCUCUCUUCCAAACCCAAAACUAUCCUCAUCAAAAUCAAAAUCAAUAUAGCGGUAGAACGUUAUAGUUUAAAACCACACUAUGUCUGGAAGUGAUUUUUGAAAUUGUUAAAAUCAUUGUCAUGUUUAAAAUCACUCAAAAAAUACAUAUUUAAUCACUCAAAAUCGAUUCAAGGUUCAAUUUUACACUUUUAAUCACAUUUUUCGUACUAUUAAAAGUAUUUUUUGAGUGAUUUUGAAAAAUGACAUUAAUCAUUUUAAUCAUUUUAGAAUCACUCCUAGAUAUGUCAUUAGUUUUAACUAAAAGCUAAUUCAUUCUUUAGUUGCAUAUUAAUUAACUGAGAGUGAAUAUGAAUGACAUAGCUGCAAAAAUUGAUAAAAGCCUCCCUCCAUGUCCUUGGUCCUUGGCUUCCCUUUUUGCAACUCAUGGUGUAGCUCUAUUCUUGUGUAACUCAGUAUGAAAUUAGCUUCUAAUUAUGAAAAGUGAUAGUUAGAUUGUAGUUUGGAUUUUGGAAAUUCA